GACUUCCUUGUUUUUUUUCCUCCUGCCAGUGUCAGUUCCGCAUCUUUACUCUCAGUCAUAUGAUGUCUAAAGAGUGAAGUCGGAUCUGUGUGCGGCACUGAAAUGGGAGCUUUAGCAGUCUUUCCUUUGCUAUUAUUGAUCCUGCAGAUCGGGGCCAAUAAUGCCAAAUACGAACCCAACUGGAAGUCCAUCGACUCCAGACCGCUGCCAGAAUGGUAUGACCAGGCAAAGUUCGGCAUCUUCAUACACUGGGGUGUCUUUUCUGUCCCGAGCUUUGGCAGCGAAUGGUUCUGGUGGUACUGGCAAAAGCAAAAGCAAAAGCCAUAUGUGGACUUCAUGCAGAGGAAUUAUCCUCCAGACUUCAAGUAUCAGGACUUUGCACCGCUGUUCACUGCUGAGUUCUUUGAUGCCAAAGAAUGGACCGACAUCUUCGCCUCAUCGGGAGCAAAGUACAUCGUUCUGACCACAAAACACCAUGAAGGUUUCACACUCUGGGGCUCAAAGAACUCCUGGAACUGGAAUGCGGUGGAUGUUGGACCAAAGAGAGACCUGGUGGAUGAAGUGGUGACAGCUCUUCGCAAUAACGGUGACAUUCGUGUAGGGUUGUAUCACUCCCUCUUCGAAUGGUUUAACCCGCUCUAUGAGCUGGACGCUGCCAAUGUCUUUACUACAAACUACUUUCCUACCAGUAAAACUCUGCCUGAGCUUUACGAGCUUGUUGUCAAGUACAAACCAGAGGUGCUGUGGUCUGACGGAGAUGGAGACGCGCCUGACAAGUACUGGAACAGCACUGGUUUCUUAGCUUGGCUCUAUAAUGACAGUCCAGUACGUGACACGGUGGUGACGAAUGAUCGGUGGGGCUAUGGCUCCAUCUGCACACACGGUGGAUAUUACACCUGUUCUGAUCGCUACCAGCCAGGACACCUGCUCAAGCACAAAUGGGAAAACUGCAUGACCAUUGACAAAAAGUCCUGGGGUUACAGACGUAACGCUCCUCUCAGUGAUUACCUCACCAUCGAUCAGAUUGUGUCGACACUGGUGGAGACUGUGUCCUGUGGAGGAAACCUGCUGAUGAAUAUCGGCCCCACACACGAUGGAAGAAUCGCUCCGAUCUUUGAGGAGCGUCUGAGGCAGAUUGGUCAGUGGCUGAAGGUCAAUGGGGAGGCCAUCUAUAACACGACAGCAUGGCGAGCUCAGAAUGACAGCCUCACUCCAGAUCUGUGGUACACGUUCAGACCCCAGGAAAAAACCAUCUUUUCCAUCUUACUCAAGUGGCCAAAUAAUGGAUCAGUGAUUCUGAAUGAGCCAGUGGUUACUGGGCAAACUCAGGUGGUGCUUCUUGGUUAUGGCCCUCUGAAGUGGGAGCCUGUAAAGCCCAGUGGGCUGCAGGUUCACCUGCCCCAGCUGUCCUUUAGCCAGAUGCCAUGUCAGUGGGCCUGGACACUGAAGCUGACUGGGGCCACUUAAAGGAAAAUCACAUCACUUGAAGAGGAACUGAUGGAGCAGAAAGGAAGGAUUAUACAUACGCUUAUACGGACGAGUGACAAAUUAAAGGAAAAAAAUCAAUAUGAAAUAUCUUAGAGUAUUAAGUAAUUAUGUAAGAGCAGCUUCAUUGGCAAUUAUUCCACAAGUGUCUGAAACUAAAUGAAGAGAUGGAACUUUGUACUUUUAAAAGAUAUUCCCUAUUUUAUUUCUGGUGACGGCGAAACUGCUGUCAGUCCAGAAAUAUGUGUUCUAAGACCAUAAUUUUUAUGCUCCUCAAAACUGAAACCUUUUAUACUCCUCAGGGCAGAAAUGUUUUAUUACAGGAUAAGAGUUAUCACUCAGAACAACACUGUAUUGAUUUUCAGUGACCUCAGAGCAAGCUAGUGAUCCGCUGGGUCACUACACUUUAAGGAGCAAACAUUUAAGUUAGUAAAUUGUUUUCGUAAUAUAGUCAAAGCUGAUUAAUAUUUCCGUGUCUCGAAACACCCCUGGCUCUGAAAUGUGCAAUCAUCUUUGUAAUACUGGGGCUAUGCCCUGCAGCUCCAGUGUAACAUCCCUCUUCAUGUAAUUGUUGACCGAUUGUUGCUGCGGGGUGAGACGAUGCCCUGCACUGACAUCCUCAUUAGCCCGAGGAAGAGUUCCUCCUCUGUUUAUGCCGUACAAAUCGCACUAAUGCACAAGCAUCAGAGUCAACAAAUGUGCAGUGUUGACCACAGUUUCCAAUUCCAUUUAAUAAACUUUUCCCUAUCUGUAAAUGCCAAUAUUGCUUUACUCAUUGUUCCUAAUGAAUCCCUUUUCACUUGUAACGCCUUUUUUUUCUUGCUAUCUUGAUAGAGUUUCAGCUGGGUCUGCUUGACAUUUUUACACAGAACACCAUGGUUUUCCUUUAGUUUCUCACCCAGAAACCCAGGCCAGUUUCUGUAAUUUUGGGACCAGUGACAUUAAACACUGUCAAAUUGCUGCUUUUCUUUGAGAUGUGCUUUGUGGGAAGUUUGAUAAGCUUGUUGCACUGAUCGGUUUGAUUAAUUUUUAAUAAAUGUUUCAAUAAAAUCAACCUUUAUUA